AUGCAAGUGAUUAGCCGCCUCCCGGAGCCCUUGCCUCGCCCCAAGGACAAGACAGAGCUCAAGCGCGAGCAGCACAACAAGGUCGUCGAUCUCAAGAGAGCCCGCGAGACGGAACCUCCACAGCCAUGGGAGACUGUGAAUUCCACUAUCCAGUUUCGCAAUGACGACACACAAUACUGGUGGGACCGAACAGGCCGCAUGUUUGCCAAACUCAUCCAGAGGGCCGGGUAUAGCGCAACAGAGCAGUACCGGGAACUGAUCUUCUAUGCCCUCUUCGUCGCCCCCGAGCUAGGCAAGGCCCCAGACGCACAAGGAAACGUCCGUGGGUGGAGGAGUCCAGGAACACCAGAUUCGACGCCCAUCGACUUCUCGUGGGAAUGGGGGCCUGGGAACAACGGCACCGUCAGGUAUUCGUUCGAGUGCAUAGGCCCGCACGCCGGCACGGAGCUGGACCCCCUCAACUCAUAUGCCACCGACGCCUGGAUCCAGAAGCUCAGGGACCAGGGCAUGGUGCCCGGCCUCGACCUCGAGUGGUAUAACCACUUCACAAAAGCCAUCCUCCCGUCGCGGGAGAUGCAGAGGCAAAAGACAGUUGACGUGUUCAUCGAAGAAACAACACCCAAGGCAGGCGUCGUGGUGGCGCUGGACAUCGAGAAGACGGGACCAGUGAUGAAGAUGUACAUAUACCCAGGCCUGAAAGCGCUCGAGCUCGGCAUGACCAACCUGCAGCUCGUCCAACAGUCGAUUCGUGGGCUGCCGGAGGCGCAGUACAAGUCGCUGGCAUGCGAGCCCCUCCUGCAGUACCUAGACGAGGGCACAGAGAGGUGGGGAUUCGAGACCGGGAUCCUGUCGAUCGACUGCCUGGAGCCGAGCAGGGCGCGGGUCAAGGUGUACAUCCGCGCGCGGCACACCAGCCUCGAGUACAUGAUGGACUGCCUGACGCUGGGCGGGCGGCUGGACAUGAGCGGCAACGAGCAGGCGCUCGAGGACCUCAAGGACUUCUGGCAGGCGUUCCUGGCCGACGCGCCGGACCAGCUGCCCGAGGACGCGCCCGGCCGCGCCAGCCCUGGCUUCUACUACACGCUCGGCGCGGGCAAGCCCAUCUCGGCCAAGAUGUACGUGUCGCCGACGUACUUUUGCAAGAGCGACACCGAGGUGCUGGGCCGGCUGCGCGGGUACUUUGCGACGAGGAGGUCGGACCUGCAGAUGGACAAUUAUGAGGCCGCACUGCAUGAUAUUUUUGGCAAGAAGACUCUCGACGCCAGAUGCGGGUCGCACUACUACGUCGGCUGUGCCCUGGCCAAGAACCAGCUCCGGGUCGUCACCUACCUGAGCCCCCAGUCAUUCGACUGCGAAAAGGACCUGAUCAAGGAGCGAGCGUCUGCAUAG